GGGAGCUAUGGACUUGCAACCCAAAGUGGGAUUCAGAGGGAUUCAAUGCUCACAAGUCUGCCAUUUACUGUAGACUUUAUUCUUGCUUUUAACCAGCACCUCACACUUGUCCGAAUUAAACUGAAUCUGGCACUUCUAAGGCCAAAUUUCCAACUGAUCCGACUGUGUGCUUUGACAACUGCCCUCAUCUCCACCAAUUCUCGCUUUAGAUUCUAUGUAUAUUUUAAAAGCUGUAAACGCUUCAGCCAUUUCACUGGCAAGUCUGAGCCACGGUGAACGUCGUCGCUUACAUUACAGAUAGAAACAGUACCCCGUAAUGAAAGCUGAACAUCGUGGGUUACAGCUGUUGUUGUGGAUUGAAUAAAGCGUGUGAAAGCACCGUCAACGGCUUGUGGUGUAUUUAUUACCUCAGGUCCCGGCAGAAUGAUGCGGGAACCGGGGCGCCAUUUGAGUGCGGUGUUACUAGCGCUGCGAGAGGAGGAGGGGGAGGAGUAGGCCGGCGAGGAGCCGCUUGAGCUGCGGGUCCCGGCGAGAGGAGGUCGGUGAGUCGAGUAGAGUCGUGUAGCCGCUGGGUGGUGAGAGGAAGACGCCAUUUGAGUGUGGGUUCUGGAUUCCACCCUGUCACCUGAAGUUACCCUGAAGGACUCCUUGGUAAAAUGGCAGAAGCAAUAUUUCGCCCACCAAAAAGAAAGCGAAGGGUGUAUGAGUCUUAUGAAGCACCUCUUCCUUUGUGGUUCACUCAAGAAGAAACCAUUUCAAACGAGCAAGAACAUUAUUAUGCUGAAAUGAUAAAUAACAAUGUAAUUGUGCGAAAUCCCGAGGACAUAAGAGCCCUUUAUGGAAAGGGUUAUUUUGGAAAAGGAAUUCUCUCAAGAAGCAGACCAGUUUACAAUAUUUCAGACCCUGCUUUACUUGCCAAGUGGAAAGAUGCCAAUUCUAAGCACCUGCCUGUAAUUUCAUCAAAAAAGUUUCAACAUCAUAUCGAUUGGGCGAGAAGUCUCCUGCAAGCACAGGAGGUGGAGGACAGUUGCAUUGAAAAAAUGCUUGAAAAAUACACACAAUCAAUUGAUUUGUCAUGUGAUGGAAGCAGUAAGUUCUGCGAUAGUUCACAGGAAAAAAACACCAACUUUCCUACAUCAGAAACUAACAAUGUUGAAAAAUGUGGAGAAACACAAAAUGGAGAAAAUCAUCCUGCAACAAGCCUUCAAAAUAAAGAAUAUAAUUGGGAAGGCAAUGCUCCUUAUGAUCCACCAGCAAAAUGUGAAAAUAUCGACUGUGAAGCUGCUGGCAGGGACGAUCAGGUCCAUGUGCAUUGCCCCAGACAUAAUGAUUUCACCACACACUGUGGCUGCCAAAAUCAAGAUGUUACCAAAGAGACUCAGCAUCAUAAUUCAAUUCAAGACGACAAACUUUCUUCAGAGCAUGAAUAUGUACUAGUGGUAGAAAAAAUUCAGCCAUGUUCUGAUCAACCAUUGAAUAAUGAGGUGACAGAGAGGUUAGUCUGCAAGCGGAAUCCUUUCAAGGUUUUUGAGUAUCUUCAGCUCAGUUUGGAAGAGGCCUUUUUCCUCGUUUAUGCCUUGGGAUGUUUAACUAUUUUUCAAGAUGAGGAGCCUCUGACUAUUGUCAAACUAUGGGAAGUAUUUAGUGCAAUACAGCCCGGGUUUAAAGCCAAUUACAUGGGCUAUCAUUACUUUCGAGGUAAAGGCUGGGUGCCAAAAACUGGACUGAAGUAUGGAACAAACCUUUUGCUGUAUCGAAAAGGACCUCCAUUUUAUCAUGCAAGUUAUUCAGUCGUGGUUGAAAUGGUUGAUGACAGUUGCCAGGGCUUGCAACAGAGGCCUUUUACAUGGCAGUCGCUUGCAGGGUUGGUUCGAAUCACUACAAAUGUCUCUAAGGAACUUAUGUUAUGCUAUUUGAUUAAGCCAACAAAUAUGUCUGAAGAAGAAAUGACUUCACCAGAAUGUAUGAAGAGAAUUAAAGUUCAGGAAGUGAUUGUAAAUCGCUGGAUUUCUUCCAGAGAACGCACUGACCAAGAGGAGAUAUAGCAUUUUCCAAUGGUUUAAUGUAUGAAAUAAAAUUAUUGUAGCAGGACAAGGACUUGAAACAAAGCAUUUUUUUAACCGUUCUAAACACACAGAUCUGGAGGAGCUCAGUGGGUCAGGCAUUAUUUAUGAAGGGAAUGAACUGUUGAUAAUUUGAGUUGGGACCCUGGGGCCCCAAUCUGAAAUGUCACCUAUCUAUUCCCUCCACAGGUGCUGCCUGACCCGUUCAAUUCCUCCAGCACUUUGUGUUUUGCUCAAGAUUCCAGCAUCAACAGUUUCUUGUGUCUUCAUUUUGUAACUGUGACUUGAUUAGAAAGUACUGUGAAACUUUGAUAAUCCAGUACCCAGAAUUUGUUUGUCCCAGACCACCAUAUUUUCCAAACCAUCGGAUAUCACCCUUAGUAACUCAACACACAUUUAUUUUUUACAUGCUACACAGUAAUGUACAAUAUCAGUGAACCCAGGGAAUUUAAAGGGAGCAAGAAAUUGAGCUCCAGUAAUUUUCAGCGUGUUACAAGCUCCAUCCGUCCCAUGUUGACAGUAUUACAAAGCAACCUAUAUACAUGAAUAGUGAGCCCAUGGAUACCAAGUGUAUUAGUUAAUACACCUAGUGUAUUAAUGUGUGAGCCAGAAUAGGUUAUCAGUGUUUUACUAUCCAGGCACCUCAUGUUUUACAUGGGGAUUACGGACUUGAAAAACAACGCAAAAAUCAAAGAACGUAAAUCAAACAUAUCCCUGGCACUGAACCCGACUACGCUGCAAAUUGAAAUAAAUAAGGGUAAAUCACAUCAUACAACAUUAUAAAGUAUUCUGUUCCUUCUGUGCAAUGCUUUACCUGAAUUACAUGAUGCUAAUCAAUGGAACAUAAAUAUGAGAAAAUUAUCCCUUUAUUCUCUGUAAAUGGAAAAAAAAUCCCAAAGACAGAUCCAUUUAAACGUAUAACCUAAUAUCUGCAAGCAAUCAUUUGAGUGUUCUUUCUGUUAAACAAAACUAAACUUGCACAAUAACUUUGAAAGCUGAUAUGUAAGUUCGUCAGGCAUAAAUUUGAGAGCAUCAUUCUGAAAAUAGCACGAAAAUUAAACUUGGGUCGUAAUUAGACAAACGUGUUAUUCUAAAAACGCAUAAAACAUGCAUCUGUAAAACAUAAGGUGCCUGUAUUUCCAAGAAUCAUGAACAUUUCCAAUGCUAGUAUAUACCAUCUUUGAAAACAUUCCAAAAAUAAUUAAGGUUUUU